UCAACCUUGGACAAAGCCAAACUAGCCGUUGAAAAGUUAGUGGAGAGAGUGGGGUUUUUGGGAAUCCUUGCUUGUGCCUCAAUUCCUAAUCCCUUGUUUGAUUUGGCGGGUAUCACCUGUGGACAUUUUCUGGUGCCUUUCUGGACGUUUUUUGGUGCCACUCUAAUCGGUAAAGCUGUCAUCAAAAUGCACAUUCAGAAACUCUUUGUUAUCAUUGCCUUCAACGAACACCACGUCGAGCACAUUGUCAGUAAAUUGAAAUACAUCCCAUAUGUUGGAAAAUAUCUUCAAGCUCCAUUUAAAGAGUUGCUGGUGAAACAGAAAGCUAAACUUCAUCGUAAAGUUGGGAGUCCUGUACACCAGGAAAGUAGCUGGUUGUCUUGGGUAUUUGAGAAGGUUGUGGUUCUGAUGAUCGUCUACUUUGUUUUGUCCAUCAUUAAUUCCAUGGCUCAGAGUAACCAUAAACGUCGGUGUAAACAACAAGCACUGCAAGUUGAACCGUCCCAAAAAAUGGCUGUUGACUAGAGGAAACUGCUUGGUAUUGACUGUUUAUCAAAAUAAACAAGAAAAACUUUAGUAAAUUAUGUUGCUGAAGUUAAAAGAAAAAUGUAUUUAUUAUAUGACAUAAUUUGGAAUAGGAAAAACCUCCCUAUUGGUUCAUGUUAUCAAUUGAGAUAUUCUUUUUAUAAUAAAUUCUUAAAUAUUUGUGUAAUAUCACGUCGAUACAGCAGCGGGUGUCUGUAAGAACCUCGGCAACAUUUAGAAUUAGUUAUAUAAGUGCAUAGAUUGACCUUUGAUCCGUGUCAGGCAAGAGUUAAGUAUCGCUGGUGAGUAUAGUACUAAAUGUUAGAGAUUAUCACUGAAUUAAUCGGAAGAUACCGGCCUGAUGUACCUUAUUGGCUUGUAGUUUGGGUUACAUCCCACAAUGUCUAUUUGGUAUACUGUUAUAAGUAGCAGUAGUAGAAUUCAAUAAAGCAUAAAGUAUGUUUGAGUAAAAUACCAAAACAUUUAAGUUGUAUAAAGGUGAAGAAUAAAAUAAGGGAGACGUAGUCUCGGGAUUCACAGUUUCUCAUAAAGAUGUACUUUUAAUAACACGAUUAAAGCUGUGGUUGAACAACCAUUAGAUAUAAAGGAUGUUUUAUUCAUGGUUGAUUCUGUUUGACUGUGUAACGAUUCAUAAAAAGAAACUUUUAGUUAAUGUAAACCAACCUUGUAAUCAAACUUGUUUGCAUUUUGUAAAAAAUGUAAAGGUUUUCUUACACGAAUUAAAGAUGUACUAAUUCUUAACCUAGCUUAAUGAAAACUAGAAAUCACCUGUUUAACACUUAGAUGUUAGGGUCGGUUGCUCCGAUAUUUAACCUUAAUUAUGUAAAAAAGAAAGUUUUUUUACAGCGUAUGAAAAAAAACAGGUUGAAAGUUAAAUAAUUAUACAGAUAAUGUCUGAACUUAAUUAAGUUAGUUUUAUUAAAAUUACCUUUAUUUAAAACUAUUGUAAUGAAAUUGAAAAACAUACAUUAACAUAUGUUUGUAUAAAAUUUAUUGUUUGGGUUAAGUUGGAGCUGUUAUUUUUUGGAUCUGAUAUUCAAAUUUAGUGUUUUUCCAGAUAUUGUGUAUUAUUUUAAAAAUCAAUAUCUUGAUGUCAAAAUUUUUUCCUGUCAUUAUAACAAAAAACCAAAACCUAUAACUGAUACUAAAAUCCAUUGUAAGAAUACAAAUAAAGAAUCACAGGGUAUUAAUAAAAUACUUGAUAUACAAACCGAUUAAUUGUUAGAAGUAAGUCAUAGCACUAGAGUAAAACGUUUCGUAUUAUUAGUCAAAUGUUUUUCAUAGUUAGGUUAAAUUGUUUAAAUUUAUUAUAUACCGAAGAAUGAAAGGCACAUUGCCUUUUGUCACUUUUUUGUCAAAGUGAAAAGUUGGUGGACUAAAGGUGAUAAGAAUAGGAGAAGAAGAAAAAUUAUAUUUCUAAUAGUUUCAAAGGAAUAAUAGUAGCAAUCACUCAAAUUUACUUGCUUACAACAUGAGGUUCUGAAGGUACAGUGUAACUACAUUUGAGGCAAAUUAGUUUGACAUUCUAGUGUAAGGAAAAAUGUUAAGAAAAAUUCAGAUGAUAAUUUUUUAGUUGUUCUUCGUAAUGUAUUGUUACGAUUGAAGUUUUAACUAUUUCAUUUCAGUUUUUUUUCUUUUCACAUUUAUCUUGAUGUUUGAAGAAGAAAACCCAUUGUUAUAUAUAUUGAAAAGUUGUCAGAUUGUUAGUUUUUUUUUGGUCUUUAAUAUAUCAUCAAGUGGAAGCUCAGAGUGAACAUAAUAGCCAUGAUUUUUUAGGCUUUAUAAAUAUACUUCAAUCAGCACACAUCAAACCAUCUAGAAAUCCAUCUGUUUUUGUAAAAGUUCCAUCCCAUCUGCUCUUGCAGAUGUCCAUUUUAACAUUCCUUAUAUUUUGUUUACCUUGAAAUAUGUUCGUUAUCGUUACGUACAGUUGUCCAUGUAGGCCUAAUGUUCUGCUUGAGAACCUAACAUCCUUUCAGUUUAUAGAUCUCAGAAUUGUACAAUCUUGGAUAGCACAAGGAAAGCAUUUAGAUUUGGAAAAGUUACAAAGGAUUUGUACAACUCUUUUGGAAUCAAAAAUUGAUACAGUAAAAAAAAAACUUGUAACUUAAACUUAAUUGAUAAAAUUGUAAUAGAGUGUUUGCGUGUAGUAUUUAUGGAAGAAAUUCAGUGCUGCAUUUCAGAAAAUGUAAAUUUACAAAUAAAUACAGUUGAAGCAAGGCCAAAAAACAAGGAAUAUAUGACUUUUAAAAACCUUCAAGAAAUACUACCAAAUAAUCUUCGUUAGGUCUUAGGAGUGAUUUAGCUUAGUAUUUACUUGUCUUUCAUUUUGAAUGUAUAAUGUUUCUCAAGCACUGUUAUAGAGUUGGUUUUCUAGUAUCUUAAAUUAUUAAUAAAUACUGUUUAAAUAAUCAGUGUUUAUCAGUUGAAAAACAGGUAUUCAGUUUCAAGAGUAAUCAGAAAAAUUUUUGUUUUCAUACAAUGUUAUAUUUUCUGUAACAAGAAUUAAAAUUUUAAGCAUAAACACAUUGGUUUUAUAUCGGUGUCUUUAUGUACAUGUGGAUUUUCUUGUGUGUCAGGUGCUUUAACUACAAGUGAGUUAAGACUUGAUCAAAACACAUUGUUAUUUCUCUUUGUGUCUAAAACACUAUUUUAUGGCAGGGUUGUAAAUUUUUUAUCAUAUUUAGUGCAGGUAUUACAGUUAUUUUAUUCUAGUUAUAUAUUUGUAACAUAUUCAGUUGUCAGUAUUUCAACUAGGCCUAUUCAAGUCUUAAUAGUAAUUAAUCGACAGAUUUUUUUAAAAGAUGUGUGGAAGGGGGAAAAGAGAAGGGUGAGCCAAUUUAACAUGUAUUUGUCAGGGACGGAAUAAGGAAUUUGUUUCACUGUAGAUGGCCGUAAAAAUCUAGAGUGUCAUAGAAGAAUUAUGUAAUAAUAAAGCAGUGUUUAUUUGUAUAAGCCAGAAAGCAAAAUGUACAUGUAUUAGAUAUUCAAAAGGUUAGUUGGUAUACUUUAAAACUAGCUGUGUCAGAAAAACCAUUAGUGUUUAUAGAGGCAUUAGUUUACCGAAGACUUGUGCAAAUGUCAAAGGGGGAAUGUAGAGAACUACAUAUUCUAAAACGAGAUGUCUUCAAAGAUUUAUUUAUUUUUAUUUCUGAUAAAUAUAGCGAAUAGAUUGAAGAUUAGGAUAUCUCUCUUUUUGUCUUCUUUUCAUAUUCUUGCUGUUCUAAGUUUUUUCAUUAAACUUUAUUAAAUGAUAAUCUUU